GUCAGUGGUUCAAGGAAACGAGGCAAGCAGGAAGUAGACCGAGUUAAAAUGUUGAGUUAAGAAUUAAGAAUAACCGUCGCUACGCGAAUGCAUGUGUACUGUACUGGCAAUACAAAUGAUGAAAACACGUGCAACAACAGCAACAGAACUCUGUUUUCCCUCGGACCCUAAUGCCAGCACCACCUUCUUCUUUAGCUCGAGACGAGAAGGAUGGGCAGGCAGAGGAAGAGGGUGGUGACAGGUGAAGCCACCCCCCCCCUGAGGAAAGAAGAGAAGCCCACCGCACUCCUUCGCAAAGAGAAGAAAAAGAAGGUGGACAUCGGCAAAAUCUUCAUCAACAUAUCCAUAGGCCUUUGCAUCUUCAGCCUGGUCUGGUUCUUCUAUGCCCUCUACAUGCGCUCCUCCCUGGCCAAACGGGUGGUGACUCUGCACCCGUCGCCCCCCGUCCUCGAUGCCAACAGCACCAGUGCCCAGGUGGCCCCCGAGAGGUUCUGGGGAUCCUACAGGCCCCAGGUCUACUUUGGGAUGAAGACGAGGAGUCCCCAGUCCAUUGUUACAGGCCUGAUGUGGAUGCGUCAGUUUGCCGACGUGGACGUGAACCUCAGGCACACGUGCGAACAAGGCGAUAAGCUGCAAAGCUACGGCUGGCUGAUGCACGAUGGCCUCAGCUUUGGCGUCCAGGAGAUCCGCGACAGCGACUUCACCCUUACAACCGAGUUUGUCAAGCGGCUGGGAGGGGAGCACGGAGGGGACUGGACCUGGAGGAUCACCGCUAAGCAGCAUAGUUCUGCUCCUCACGCACCCAUCAUCUCCCUCAUGUUCUACGCUGCUGGCGACACCCAGGGUUCACUGGAGGCCCACAUUGAAGAAAAGAACCGCCUGGGUUCCCUCACUGGUUUCUCAGAGGAGCUGGGGAACUUCAAGAUCACCUUUCGCAAGCCUGUUGCAGGGGAGUCCUCCAGUGUCAAAUACGCCAGCUACAACUACCUCCAGACUGUCACUCCAGGCUUGGAGAAGCUAACGGACAUUGUGAGAAAUAGUCUAAACCGUCGGUUUGUCUACAGCCCCCCUUCUGGCAAUAAAAGGCAGUACAUUGCGGUCGACACCUAUAAACCUCCACACCACCAGCACCAGCAAAAGCCUGAUGACCCCAGAAAAGAGAGUGACUUUUUGCUCCAUCAAGUUACCGUCCAGACACCCUUUCAGAUAGAGGUGCUGUUUGAGUCUGGAAGUUUCCGCAACCGGCCCAACCAGCUCGUGGGUACAUCCAUGACAGAGGAACUGGAGAAGAGGAAGGCAGAGUUCGACGUCAAGUUUGAAAAGACAUUCGGCCUCCAGGGCAAAGGUUUCAGUCAGGCCCAGGUCAAGUUCAGCAAGGCAGCUCUCAGCAACAUGCUGGGGGGGGUGGGCUACUUCUUUGGCCAGUCGGUUGUCCAGUCCGUCUACAACGAGUACCCACUCCUCUAUCCCGAAGGCACCCUGUUCACAGCUGUGCCGUCUCGAUCCUUCUUCCCGAGGGGCUUUCUCUGGGACGAAGGAUUCCACCAGCUACUGCUGAGCAAGUGGGACCCUCAGGUGACCCGGGAAGUCACAGGUCAUUGGCUGGACCUCAUCAACAUGGAGGGCUGGAUCCCCCGGGAGCAGAUCCUGGGGGAUGAGGCUCGUAGCAAGGUUCCAGGGGAGUUUGUGGUGCAGCGCAACGAAAACGCCAACCCUCCCACCCUCUUCCUGGCCCUCCAGGAGCUGGUGGAGCAGCUGUCCACCAAUCCUGAAUCGGCAUCCGUGACUUUGCCCUUCCUCCGCAGACUAUUCCCCAGACUUCAGACCUGGUUUGCUUGGUACAACACCACUCAGACGGGCCCCCUGCCCAACUCCUACCGCUGGAGGGGCCGCGACAAGGACACCAACCUGUUCCUCAACCCAAAGACCCUGACGUCCGGCCUGGACGACUACCCCCGGGCCUCCCAUCCGUCGGUAGACGAGCGGCAUGUGGACUUGCACUGCUGGAUGGCCUUGGCCUCUGGGAUCAUGGCCAGCGUGGCACGCCUCCUGGAGGAGCCGCACCAGGAGUACGAGCGCACCCACCUCGUGCUCAGUGACAACAAUCUGCUGAAUGAACUCCAUUGGUCCGACCAGCUUCGAGCCUACUGCGACUACGGCAACCACACCCAGGCAGUCGUCCUGCAGCAGGAGAAGGUGUACGUCCCGCCGGGCCAGCCUCGCCAUCAGUUCCCCGUGGCCCGCCUGGUUCGCUCUGUGCGCCGAGCUCCUAAGCUGCAGCAUGUGAACGCCCUGGGCUACGUGAGCCUCUUCCCCUUCCUCCUGCACAUCCUCGCACCUGACUCGCCCAAACUGGAGCAUAUUCUGAAUGACAUGAAGGACCCUGAGAAGCUGUGGACGCCCUAUGGCCUGCGCUCGCUCUCCAAGUCCAACCCCCUCUUCAUGAUGAGAAACACAGAGCAUGAUGCCCCCUACUGGAGAGGAGCCAUAUGGAUCAAUAUCAACUACCUGGCUGUCAGGGCACUACACCACUACGGCAACACAGAGGGUCCAUAUCGAGAGAAGGCAGCCACACUGUAUCAGGACCUCAGGACUAACAUAAUCAAUAAUGUUUACAGACAGUACGCAGAGACAGGGUAUAUCUGGGAACAGUAUAAUGACAGUUCGGGAAGGGGACAAGGAAGUCACCCUUUCACCGGCUGGUCAGCUCUGACUGUUUUAAUGAUGGCUGAGCAGUACUGACGAUGAUGGUGAUCACAUCUCACUGUUAUUUUGAAACAUUAUCUUUACGGUGCCAUUUUUACAGUUUUCUUUCAAAUUACAUAAGAUUCAUUUCUUUGCCGUGUACCAUUUCAAAUACAGCUGUCAAAAAUUUAAAUAUGGCUAACAAUUAGUUAAUUGUCUUUUGUACAGAACAUUUUGUACAAAAACAAGAUGGUUCUUGACAAAUUGAAGGCUUGUAUCAAGGUUAAACAAAUACUUUAAACUAUGCCUUCUCAACAAAAAAGUCUGACUUUGAACGGUCUCUGUUUUUGCCAGCAAGGAUUACUUUUAGGAAUUCAAUUUCAAUCAAGGUAUUUGUGAUCAUAUUUGCAUUGUGGGAUACGUUGGUGCUAUGAUGGGUGAGAUAAACAAUCAAUAAAAAUGCUUAAA